AUGACGCGGCUGGGGCGCGCCGGCGCGCUGCUGCAGGCCGACCUCGCCGGGCUGCCGCGGGACAAAGGCGUCCUGCUGGCGCGCGUCUUUGGUGGCGCGUCGUGGAAAUUGGGCGACGAUGCUGUGGGUAGGGAGUCCAUAGAACGGGCGGGGCGGCGGACUGGAGUGACUUGGGCGGUGGAAGGCGCGCGGCAGGAGCGCCAGCAGGAACCCCCAUCUGUUCGCAUAGAUGACAACGAUUUUAUUCGGCAACACAGUUUUCAUGAGGGGCCAUUUGUUGCUUUUAAAGAGGGCCGUCUGAGGGGUCUCUACCGAAGGGAUCCACGUCAAGAAGCUUUUGUUAUGAGGCUACAGGUGUCGGAUGCCCUUCAUCGAUCUAAAGGUGCAAGACAACAUUUUGAUCUGUGUUGA